AUGUCUAAUCGAACAUAUAACGAACUAUGGGCAGAAGCAAGUGAGAAACUAGUCUCACAAGCAGACUAUGAAAAAUCAAAAGAGGCUGCAUUGGCUCCCAAGGAUAGAGACUCAGCAUUGCAGCAUUUGGCUAUUCUAUAUAUUAACUACGUGCAGAUAUUCAGAUCUGUUGAGAAUGCAUAUGAUCAAGUGGUGCAUCCUCAAAAGAGAAGACUGCUAAGAGACUUGUUGCUCUCUGUUACUGGACGCUUACUGGAAGUCAAGCAGAAACUGGUCGAACUACAAUGUUCAGACAUCCAACACUUUCCUGAUAUAUUAAUCGACAUGAAACUCGUUCCUGAAGACUUAAAUGUCGCAAUACCACGGUUCUAUGUUGAGGAUCGAGCCAAGGAUCUUGAAGCACGACGACAGCUCAUGAACUCACUAUCAGCAAAGACAUUCGGAGCAACAGAAAUCACACCACUGUUUCCUGCAAUGUCUGUAGAUGAAGCUGUUGGUCUGAUACAAAAGAAUGAACGUGGACGUCAAGGAAGAUUGAGAGCUAAACACAUGCGUGAAAUCAGACUGCAAGCUAAGCGUGAACAGGAACUUGACGCGCAUGAUGAUGCUAGUGUGGUUCAGAAUGCAGCCAUACGAAUACAAAAGACAUGGAGAGGAUUCAGAGCGAGGAAGGAGGCAGCUGCAACACUGCAUGCAGAGCUAGAGUUCUUGAAGAUGCAACCAUCUGCUCGUGGUGGAUCAAGUGCAGCAAAGGCGCUUUCUGAGCAAAAUCGCGCUCGUCGUAAAAUCACUCAAACCCAACACGAAGAAGAGUACCAACAGGCACUCAUUAAUACUAAAGAAAAGCUCAUGAAAGUCGAAGGUCCUGAAAUACGUGAAACCAUGCAAGACAAUUUCAGACAAUGGUAUAUGGAUCACAAAAAGACGCAUGGGAAAUUCCCUGAAUUUCCAAGUGAAGACGAAUGGAAUACGCCUGGGUUCUCAUUCAUGGGACCGCCUGCUGUUACUGUAGGCGGUGACGGUGAUGAUCAAAUUGGCAAAAAGAGUCGGGGUUCUUCAGCUUCUUCAAAGAGUGCUGCUGUCAAGAAGGGAGAUAAGAAGGAUGCUAAGGGAAAGGGUGGUGAUGAUGCAGCAGAUGAAGAUCCAUUCAAGUUAGACAAGUCUGAAUUCCUCAAGGACAUAUCAGCUGCUCAAACAGCAUAUGCGGUGAAAUGGGCAACAAAACACGAGACUGAUAAUUUUGCUCAAAAGCAUGAUCAGGAGACGAUACGUGUUGAUAAACGCAAGGAAGUUGAAGCUGAGAUCAAGCAGCAGAUAUACGAAGUCCUCAAAGAUGAAUUAGAGAAUCUGAAAUUGUCGGUAGAUCGAGAGAAGAGUAAGGCCAAGAAGGGUGAUAAGAAGGGUAAAGGUGGCAAGAAGGGCAAGGAAAAGGGUGGUAAGAAGGGCAAGAAGGAAAAGGACUUGACUGCUAAUCGCACCAUGGAGGAUUUGAUUGCUGAGCUUGUAGAAGCUGGUAUUCUACUACGUGCUCCCGAACUGUCCAUCAAUGAUUUCAAGGGCAGUGUUAGCUUGUUGAGUACUUUUGCAACACAAGCACCCGUCAUUACGCCAACAUUGUCUGAUGUGAAACGAGCCGUGACAGAAUUCUGUAUCCUCCCACUCGGCCUCCCAGCGACCGUGAAAGCACCAGCUAUAACAUCUAUGCUCCUCGUCGGUGCCAAAGGCACCGGCAAAACGCAACUUACAGGCGCAAUAGCCUCCGAAACCGGUGCCCACAUAUUCAACAUAUCCCCCAAGCACAUAUCCGGCCUGUACACGGGCAAAGCAGCAACAACCAAAAUGAUCCACAUGGUCUUCAAAGUCGCCAAAGCAAACCCGCCCUCUGUGAUUUACAUUGACGGCGUCGAAAUGAUUUUUGCGAAGAAAGUACCCAAGGAGGAUACAUCUGACCCUAAACGCUUGAAGAAGGAUUUGACGAAACAGCUCAAGGGGUUAGAAGUAUCUGAUCGCGUGCUUGUGGUUGGAAAUUCGACACAUCCGUGGGAUGGAGAUAUCAAGGCACUCGUACCGUGUUUUGACAAGGUGCUGCUGGUUCCGUUACCGGAUUAUGCGUCGAGGGGGUAUUUAUGGAAGGAGUACAUUGAGACUCAGAAGGGUGUUAGUUUGGCGAAUAUCAAUAUCACGCUGCUGACGAGGUUGUCGGAGGGAAUGUCGGCUGGGGACUUGAAGCUGAUUUGUGAUAGGACCAUGACGGAUCGGAGGUUGAAGCUGGUUCGACAUCACCCGUUAAAUACCAACGAGUUCAUCAAACAGUUGAUUAAGCUGUUACCUAUCAACAGGGAGGAGGAUUCACUGAUGCAGGACUGGUUUUCUAAGACUACUCUAGCAAAGAAACGUGCUGCUAUAUUGGACGAUAGUGCUGCCGCCGCUACAGACAAGAAGGGGGCCAAGAAGUAG